AUGGCUACCAUUCUGGAAGAAUAUAUCGCAAAGCACCCGGGGUCGGCACAGCGGUAUGCUGAAGCCACCCAGAUAUUUCCUGGUGGCGUUACCCACGAUAACCGGUACGCCCAACCUUUCCCACUAUAUAUCACCCACGGAACGGGCCCUUGCAAAUGGGAUGUGGACGGACACGAGUACAUCGAUUACGUCUCCGGCCACGGCGCCCUGAUAUUGGGUCAUUCGCACCCAGCCAUUGCCGCCGCCGUCUCGGAGCAGAUUUACCGGGGUACUCACCUGGGUGCAUGCACUGACGAAGAACUGCGCUGGGCGAAAGCCAUUAUGGCUCUUAUGCCGUCGGUAGAGCGUGUGCGCUUCCAUAGCUCCGGCACUGAGGCAACGUUGAUGGCCAUGCGGUUGGCCAGGGCCUACACCGGCAAGAACAAAAUCAUAAAGCUGCAGGACCAUUUUCACGGCUGGCACGACUAUGCCAUGGCUGGGUCUGACCGCCCCGCCCCGGGUAUACCCCAAGAGAGUUGGGGCAGCAUGGUUAUAGUCCCUUCGGGCGAUUUGGGGGCAGUAGAAGAUGCUCUCAACCGAGACUCGGACAUUGCAGCUAUAAUCCUGGAACCGACUGGCGCACACUAUGGGCAAUUGCCCUUUGAUACACCCAAUUACCUUAAAGGCCUGCGGGACCUGACCCACCAGAACGGAGUAGUGCUUAUCUUUGAUGAAGUCGUUACGGGAUUCCGUGCUUCCCCCGGCGGUGCCCAGGUGCUCUACGACGUCGAGCCUGAUUUAACCACUAUGGCGAAAAUCGUAGCCGGAGCCUUACCCGGUGGUGCGGUCGGCGGCAAGGCUGAGAUCGUCGACAUGAUCGCCCAUAGAGGCGACCCUGAGUGGGACAAUCGCGAACGCGUCUAUCAUCCCGGAACCUUCAAUGGCAAUCCCCUCUCUGCCGUAGCUGGGUCCGUAUGCCUUGAAAUGAUAGCGAGUCAGCCAAUCAACCAACGGGCCGACGCCAUGGCCAACCGCCUCAAACUCGGGCUCAACGAGGUGUUGGGCAAGAUGGAAGUUGCGGGACAUGCCCAUGGUGUAGCCUCCAUGAUCCACCUGGUGUUGGCGGACUGCGACUGUGACCGCGGCAUUUGUACUAUGCCACACAAUGAAAUUAAGGCUGCUAUCGGGUCGCCGGCGGUCACUGCUCUGAAGCGCAGUAUGCAAAACAAUGGAAUCGAUAUCAUGGGGCGAGACUCGUUCCUGGUGUCUUCUACGCACACGGAGAUCGAAAUAGACAAGACACUGUCCGCAGUUGAAAUGUCAUUGGCCGAAGUAAGGGCCGAGGGACUGCUUUAG